AUGAUAAAUUAUAAAGAUAAUAAAAAUAGUAUCGAAGAUAAUAAAGAAAAUGAUUCUCAUUUAGUUAAAAAUACAAGUUAUGAGAAAGCUUCUGAAAUAGUAGAAUCUGAUAUGUACGAAUCAAAUGAGGAUAGUAAUACAAAAAAUAAAGGAGUGUGGUAUAAUGCUAGAACGAAAUGUUGGUUAGCAUGUGUAAAGGGAAGUGGUAGACAUCUUCGCGUAUUUUCUGUUAAGAAGUAUGGAUACAAGAAAGCAAAAAUGUUGGCUAUUGAAUGUAAGAAUUCUGUAUUUUACAAUGAGCAAAAUGAAGAAAAUAAUAAUGAUAUACACAUGAAAAGUAAUACAAGCAAUAAUAAUAAUAAUAAUAAUAUGAAUAGUAGUAGUAAUAGUAGUACAGGUAAUGAUAAUGGAUAUAAAUUAAAUAAUAAAAAAGGUAAUUCUGAGUAUAAUUAUAAUAACAUGAAGGAGAUGAAUAAUAAGACUAAUGUGAAUAAUUAUGAUGAUGAUAUAAAAGAUAUAGAUUACAAGAAAAGAAGAAAUAAAUUAAAUGAAGAAAAUGAAGAAGUAGAUAUAUAUAAUGGAAGAAAAAAUACAGAUAAUGGAAAUAUAAAUAGUUCAAAAAAUAACGCAGUAAUAUUAAAAAAGGAAAAAUUAAAAACCAAUGGUAAUAUAAUAAAUGAUAUUACAAAUACAGGAAGAAGAUAUAACACAAGAAGAGGUAGUACUUUGUCAUCUCAUGAAAUUAAUAAAAACGAGAGAAAUAAUAAAAAUGAAAAUAAUAAUAUAUAUGAUAGAUAUAAUUAUAAGAAUUAUGCUUAUAAUGAUCAAACCAAAAGCAAUAAUAAUAAUAAUAAUGAUAAUAAUAAUAAUAAUAAUAAUAAUGAAGAUGAUAAUGUACAUAAUGAAAAGAUUGCUAUAGCACAUAAAAAUAAUCAUGUUCAAAAUAAUAAUUUUUAUAAUAAUAACAACAACAACAACAACAACAAUAAUAAUAAUAAUAAUAAUAAUAAUGUACUUAAUACUAUUCAUAAUAAUGUGUAUAAUAAUUUAUACCAUAAUGAUCCUAAUUAUGACGAUCGUGAUAAUGAUGUAAAUCAAGAUCAUUAUAAUGAACAUAAUAAUAAUAAUAAUAAUAAUUAUUUUUAUAAUACUUAUGAUAAUCAUACCUACAAUACAAGAAAUACUACCAAUAUAUCUAAUUAUAACAAUUAUGAGAAUAAAAAAAUGAAUUCUAAAACAUUAUUGCAGGGACAAAAUAAAAAUAUAAGUACAACAUAUGGUGCUCCUAAUAAGAGAUAUAUAGAACAUCUAGAAGAUGUUUGUGAAUAUGAUAAUGGAAAUAAAAAAAAGAAAAGAAAAGAACAGUAUGCAUAUCUUAUAAGAAAUGAUGACGAAAGUAGUAACAUGAACAAUAAUAAUAAUAUGAAAAAUUUUAAUAACACUAAUAUUAACGCAUACCAACAAAAUAAUUAUAAUAAUAAUUAUUGUACAAAUUAUACUACUAGUUAUCAAAGAAAUGUUCACAGUAGUAAUUAUAAUAACACAGGUUAUAAUAAUAAUAAUAAUAAUAACAACUUUAAUAAUAAUAACAAUUUUAAUAAUAAUAACAAUUUUAAUAACAAUAACAAUUUUAAUAAUAAUAACAAUUUUAAUAACAAUUUGGCGUUUCUAAAUAGUCACUGCAUAUUAACGGAUAAAGAUUUUCAAAUCGAUUCUCCCGAUCAAACAUUUGAUGAUUAUUAUUAUAUGAAAGCACAUGGAUAUGAUGAUAGUGAAUAUUCCACAAGAGGAAAAAAUAAAUAUAAUGAGAAUGAAUAUAAUUUUAUUUUUUCUAAUGAAUAUUAUUCAGAUUCUUGUCAACCAAACAUAGAUGAAUAUAAAACAAAUUUUAUCGAUUUAACAAGAGAAGCUUUGUCUUUAAUAUUACAAGAUUUAAAAAAUAAUGUUAUUCCGAAAAUUCCCGUAGGUAUAGAAAAAAGAGAAAGAUAUAAAAAUUCUUUACGUCUAUGCUUAAAAAGUGCUAGAAACACUCAACAUAUGAAUGAAUUAGAGCCAUAUCUUGAAUUAUUCAGUGAGUGUAUAAAAAACAGUAAACUACCAAGUCAUAUGUCAUUAAAGGACCAAUUAUUUUACUUGGACAAAUUAUAA